AAAAAUACUAACUUGUAAUCUUUGAUAUAUUAUGAAUAAAUAUCUAUUUGAAAUAUUAAAUUAACAACCUAUUCGCUACUUGGAAAGGAGAAGAAAUUUUAAAUGUUGGUGGGUAGUGCAGAAAAAUUAAAUGAAGACUCUAAAUUAAAGAAUGUAAAAAGUAAGAUUUGUGGAGGGAUUUGAUAGAGAAUUAUUGGAGGUAAUUGAAAUUAAUAUAAAAGUCAAGCUCGAGUAUACGAAAAAGAUAGAUACAACAAUAGUUUAUGAACAGAAAAAUGGAGAUAUGUUUCAAAAGAAUAGAAAAUAUACAAUUUAAUCAAAUACUUUAAAAUUAAAAGGCUUAAAAAAUGGAAAAUGGGUAGAGUUACUUCCUAACUUUUUCAUGUAAAAUGAUAUUUUAAAAUAUUAGAAAAAAUUAAAUCAUCUAUUCAGGUAAUAUAUAAUAGUAAAAAGGUUAGUAAAAGGAUAAUUUGAUGAAAAAUUGUAGUGGUAGGGGAUAAUAUGAAAAAAAACAAUUUGAAGAGAGGAAUUUGAACAGAAUUGAGUGA